AUGACUUCCGAUAAACCAACAAAUGAAUCAACAACAACAACUCAAAACUAUUCUAAAAACGAUCAGUUAGAUCAACAAGAUUUAGACAAGAUUCAAGAUGUUGCUAAAAAGAUCCUUAACCCAAACAACGAAAAUCCUCAAAUAAAUGAAUAUAUUCAGUCAACAAUGUCAUAUAUCGGUAACGCAUUAUACAAAAUGCAAACUACUAAUGAUAAAGAUGCUACGGCAAAGGAAAUUGCUGACAAUUUGACUGCUAAAUUCAAUCAUUGGAAAGAUGAACGAGAAAAGAAUAAAAUUCAGGAAGGUAAUGGAGAAGAUAAUGAAAAGCAGGAGGAGGAGAAGAAGUAA